UUGAAAAAUUUCCUAUUUCGAUAUUAAUAUGUUUAAAAGGCAGAAAUCUCAAACAAGCUACCAAUUUACAAAAUUGAACAACUGAAGAUGAUAUCUCUGCUUCAGUGCCACUCUCCCACAAUUUUCAACUUAUCUUCUUCAUUUUCUUCUCCACGAAUUCCUCCAAUUUACUGCUCAAAGCUCUCUUCGCUUUUGAAGAAUUCCCCCAAAAUCAGAAGCCAAACAACCCUUAGGAGGAGCGAGUUUGGCGAUGGAGUCGACCCAGUUCAAGAACCGUCCUUCUUCGACGAAAACGGCGUCGUACAGGACAUGGAUGGCUAUCUCAAUUAUCUCUCCCUCGAGUAUGAAUCCGUCUGGGACACCAAGCCUUCUUGGUGCCAGCCGUGGACAAUUCUACUGACCGGAACUGGAAUAAUUACAGGCAGCUGGCUAAUUUUGAACUCGAUCGUGGUUACUUCAAUUGCAGCAAUCCUAAUUUGUUUGUGGUGGUACAUAUUUCUCUACUCUUAUCCAAAGGCAUAUUCGGAUAUGAUCACAGAGCGACGGAAUAAGGUAACAAGCGGUCAGGAGGACACAUAUGGGAUGCAAACAGGACGACAAAGCUGAAGCUCAAGGCCAAGGGGAAAAAUCUGCAGUAACUAUGUUAGGUUGAUUAUGUACGAGACUCGACCUUCACAAGUAUGUUAAUAUAUGUUCUCGAGCAAUUUGUGAUGAACAAUAUUUGAUCUUAUAUUAAAUUUAUUUCUUAGAAAA